AUGACUAGAAUAAAAGCUCAAGCCAUGGAAUUAACCAAAGAAACGUUCUCCUACCGUGAAGAAGAGCGAUUGCCUAGAGAAUUCCGUGGUAAAAUCGAAACGGGUGUGGAUCGUAGGCCAGGGCUAUGGCCACCAGAAAAUAAAGCCGAUAACCCUUCACUCAACAACCCGUUGGUUCGUCAAGAAAGAAUGGGUAGUGGCUGGUUAGGGGUAAUAUUCGAGUGGGAAGGAGUUUUAGUCGAAGAUAGUCCGGAUUUAGAGAAGCAAUCGUGGCUGUCCCUUUCGCAAGAAGAGGGCAAAUCUCCACCGCCCACUUUCGUGCUCCGAAGAAUCGAGGGCAUGAAAAACGAGCAAGCGAUCGGUGAGGUUCUUUGCUGGUCGAGGGAUUCGAGCGAGCUAAAGAGAAUGUCAUCAAGAAAGGAGGAGAUUUACCAGUCUUUGCAAGGCGGUGUGUAUAGAUUCCGUUCGGGUUCUCAAGCGUUUGUUAAUGUUUUACUGCACCACAAAGUGCCGAUGGCUUUAGUUUCGACUCGACCAAGAAAAUCAAUCGAGAGGGAAAUUGAGGAUAUUGGGAUCGAAGGGGUAUUCAACGUAAUUGUGGCGGCGGAGGAUGUUUAUCGAGGGAAACCGGACCCUGAGAUGUUCGUUUACGCUGCGCAGCUUUUGCAGUUCAUACCGGAGAGGUGUAUAGUGUUUGGGAAUUCGAAUCAAACGGUCGAGGCGGCUCACGAUGCGAAGAUGAAGUGUGUGGCGGUUGCUAGUAAGCACCCCGUUUACGAGUUAAGUGCGGCGGACCUGGUGGUGAGGCGGCUCGAUGAGCUGUCGGUGGUGGAUUUGAAGGGGCUGGCGGCGGUUGAGUCGCCGGAGUUUGGGUCCGACGAGCCGGAGCUGGAGAUGGAGGUUGAGGCGGAGGAGGAGCGCCGGUCUGCGCCGGUGGCGGUUUACGAUGACGAUUUCUGGUGAUGGGAUGGGAUGAGUUGCGACGAAGAAUGUACAGAAGGGUUAGUCCUUUGAAACUAAUUCUUGGCCACAAUUUUACGGCUGAUGUUUAUUUAUCUUUUUUUAUCACGUUUGUAUAAAGAAUAGGAGAAUCGAAUAAGGGUCGAAAAAUGUUGUAAGGAAUAGGAUAUGGAGAAGGUUGUCUGAAUUGUAAUUUGUAUGUUGUUGUAUGUAUAAAAGUACACUGGUUAAAGUUCUUAUAUAUUUGUUGAAAAUUUGUCA